AAUUCAUCUUGGCCGUUUUUUUUUCCACAGCCCGCUCUUUGCCAUGCCCUGGUUCAACCUUUUCAGCUUGCUGGGUGCCUUUGACUUGUGGCUGAUGGUUACCUGGGUCUAGCUAGGAUGAGAAGGAGCUUAGCUCCCAGCCAGUUGGCCAAGAGAAAACCUGAAGGUAGACCCUCGGAUGAUGAAGACUGGCAGCCUGGGGCAGUGACUCCCAAGAAACGGAAAUCCAGCAGUGAGACCCAGAGCCAAGAUUGUUUCCGAUCACCUUUUCGGAAAGCUUUGACCCAACUAACGAAUCGACCACCCUGUCUAGACAGUAAUCAGCAUGAAGCAUUUAUUCGAAGCAUUUUGUCAAAGCCUUUCAAAAUCCCCAUUCCAAAUUAUCAAGGUCCCCUGGGCUCUCGGGCAUUGGGCCUCAAAAGGGCUGGGAUCCGCCGGGCCCUCCAUGACCCCCUGGAAGAAGGUGCCUUGGUUCUGUAUGAGCCUCCCCCACUGAGCGCCCAUGACCAGCUGAAGCUUGACAAGGAAAAACUCCCUGUCCAUGUGGUCGUUGAUCCUAUUCUCAGUAAGGUCUUGCGGCCUCAUCAGAGAGAGGGAGUGAAAUUCUUGUGGGAGUGUGUCACCAGUCGGCGCAUCCCGGGCAGCCACGGCUGCAUCAUGGCUGAUGAGAUGGGCCUGGGCAAGACGCUGCAGUGUAUCACCUUGAUGUGGACGCUUUUGCGCCAGAGUCCAGAGUGCAAGCCAGAAAUUGACAAAGCAGUGGUGGUGUCGCCCUCCAGCCUGGUGAAGAACUGGUACAACGAAGUUGCAAAAUGGCUUGGAGGGAGGAUUCAACCACUAGCCAUCGAUGGAGGCUCUAAGAAUGAGAUAGAUCAAAAGCUGGAAGGAUUCAUGAACCAGCGUGGAGCCAGAGUGCCUUCUCCUAUUCUCAUCAUUUCUUAUGAGACAUUCCGCCUUCAUGUUGGAGUCCUCCAGAAGGGGAGUAUUGGACUGGUCAUAUGUGACGAGGGACACAGGCUCAAGAACUCUGAGAAUCAGACUUAUCAGGCCCUGGACAGCUUGAACACCAGCCGGCGGGUGCUCAUCUCGGGGACUCCCAUCCAGAAUGAUCUCCUCGAGUAUUUCAGCUUGGUACAUUUUGUUAAUUCAGGCAUCCUAGGAACUGUGCAUGAGUUCAAGAAGCAUUUUGAGUUGCCAAUUUUGAAGGGUAGAGACGCAGCUGCCAGUGAGGCAGAUCGGCAGCUGGGAGAGGAGCGACUGCGGGAGCUCACCAGCAUUGUGAAUAGGUGUCUGAUACGGAGGACAUCUGAUAUCCUUUCUAAAUAUCUGCCUGUGAAGAUCGAGCAGGUGGUUUGUUGUAGGCUGACACCCCUUCAGACUGAACUAUACCAGAGGUUUCUGAGGCAGGCCAAGCCAGCAGAAGAGUUGCGUGAGGGCAAGAUGAGUGUAUCUUCCCUUUCUUCCAUCACCUCAUUAAAGAAGCUUUGUAAUCAUCCAGCUCUAAUCUAUGACAAGUGUGUACAAGAGGAGGAUGGCUUCGAAGGUGCCUUGGACAUAUUCCCCCCUGGUUAUAGCUCCAAGGCUCUAGAGCCCCAGCUGUCAGGUAAGAUGCUGGUCCUUGAUUACAUCCUGGCGGUGACCCGAAGCCGCAGCAGUGACAAAGUAGUGCUGGUGUCCAAUUAUACCCAAACAUUGGACCUCUUUGAGAAGCUCUGUCGGGCUCGAAGGUACUUAUAUGUCCGCUUGGAUGGCACCAUGUCCAUUAAGAAGCGAGCCAAGGUUGUGGAGCGCUUCAACAGUCCAUCGAGCCCUGACUUUGUCUUCAUGCUGAGCAGCAAAGCUGGAGGCUGUGGCCUCAACCUCAUUGGGGCUAACCGACUGGUCAUGUUUGACCCUGACUGGAACCCAGCUAAUGAUGAACAAGCCAUGGCUCGGGUUUGGCGUGAUGGUCAAAAGAAGACCUGCUAUAUCUAUCGCCUGCUGUCUGCAGGGACCAUCGAGGAGAAGAUCUUUCAGCGCCAGAGCCACAAGAAGGCACUGAGUAGCUGUGUGGUAGAUGAGGAGCAGGAUGUGGAGCGGCACUUCUCUCUGGGCGAGUUGAAGGAGCUGUUUACCCUGGAUGAGGCUAGCCUCAGUGACACACAUGACAGGUUGCGCUGCUGCCGCUGUAUCAACAACCACCAGGUCAGGCCACCCCCUGAUGGUUCUGACUGCACCUCAGACCUGGCUCAAUGGAACCAUAGUACUGAUAAGCGGGGGCUCAGGGAUGAGGUACUCCAGGCUACCUGGGAUGCUGCCUCCACUGCCAUCACCUUCGUCUUCCACCAGCGUUCCCACGAGGAGCAGCGGGGCCUCCACUGAUACCCAGUUAGCCUGGGUGUAGCUGUUAAAGAGGAAGGAGAGGGAAAGGGGCUUCCUUUUCCAUAGGGCCCUGCUGAAUUUUGUUCUAUGGGAGAAGAAUCAUCAAGAAGGGCUGCAUGAUGUUUGCCCAAAAUUUAUUUUAUAAGAAAAACUUUUGGUUAAAAAAAAAAAAAAGAAAGGAAUAAAGGUAUGAAAGG